AUGGCUAUUAAAGUACCUCCUGGUCAAUCGCCGCCAUUCGAAACGGUUGACGGUGACCACCAUGCUGGAAUCAUCAUCAUAGUCUCCGCUAUCUGCCUGGUGCUGUCGUUGGUGUGUCUGCUAAUCCGACUCUACGUCCGGUUCUUGCUAAGUCCGCCGUUCGGGAUCGACGAUGUGAUUCUUCUUGGAGCAACUGUUUCCGCCAUUGUGGAGUCGAUUAUUGUUUUCCAUGCCGCAUCCAUCGGAUUCGGAACGGCGAUCCACCUCCUGGACGAUCAUGCCGUGAGGAGUAUUCAAAACUCAGUCGUUGCGAGUGAUGUGUUUUAUCUCAUCACUUUGUACCUUUCAAGAUGCUGCGUCGUAGCCAUUUACUCGCGAUUGACGCCUCGAAGAAGACACAAGAACACCUUAUGGGGAAUCCUUGCCUUCGCCACGGCCGGAAUCGUUAUCUCCAUCCUUGUGGUCACAGUCGACUGCUCACUUAAUAAACCGUGGGUGACUCCUAGUGAACAUUGCACCAACCUGUUUGCACGAUGGCAAUUCAUCACCGCGAUUGACAUCUUUACCGAAAUCGCCUUGUUUAUCUUUGCAGUAGUCUUAAUAUACGGGCUUCAGAUGGCCAUCAAGCCGAAGUUAGUGAUCAUGGUGGCCUUCGCCUCCCGGAUACCGCUUGUUGCCUUCGAAGCCGUACGGCUCUCUGAAUUCCAUUCAUUUACCACCACACAUAACCCUACCUUCGACGCCAUUGAGCAUUACACCUGGACGCAAGUCGCCCUCAACUACUCCUUAAUUGCCUGCACAGCCUUCUGCCUCCGACCGUUCAUGAAUGCCGUGUCGACGUCUUAUGGUACCGCCGGUGACUCCAACCUCAGCACUAGUUAUCCCUACGCGUCAGAUCGUGGUCGCAGCAACCAAGGCAGCUACGCACUACAGUCGCUUCAGAAUCGGUCCGUUGUUGCGCCCGAGCCGGAUAUAUUCCGGCCGAAGAUUGGAGCCGGAGAGACGACAGUUACCUCUGCUCAACCUGGCUCAUCGACAGGUGGUCAUUCAGACCGUGAUGAUCGAAACAGCAUUGGGAGCGAAGGGAGUACUAAAAUGAUCAUCAAGAAGGAUGUGGAAUAUACGGUGCAUCGCUCUCCAAACCCCGAGUGCUGA